AUGGGCAACCAGCAAUCAAAGGACAAGGACGGCAGGGUCAGUAGCAAUGGCUCUUCAACUCCUACAGGUCCCAGCCUGGACUCCUACCCGUCCUUCAGCAAGUCGGACACCAAAGAAUCAUCGCGCUCUUUCAGAACCGCGUUGCGGACCAUGCCCAAAAUCCCGGGAAAGAGCUCAUCAGACAGUCCACGAGCGUCGAGCACACACCUAGCUGGGGACCCAUCCACAACGAGUGUGGACAAGAGUGACUCGGUCUCUGUCAAGUCGGCUGCCAGCGGAAAGUCGUCGCAGAAGCAUUCGCGAGGACCGGCUUCAAUCUCAGAGUCACACCGUGCAAGUCUUGCUGAGGAGGGCGAGCAGCAGCCGCCACCUUCACCGACCAUGUCAAGCUCUGUUGGCGCUGGGCACAGCGACAUGGCGGAGGCACAGCGCAGCGGAGAGGUCGACGCCAUUUCCGACGCCCCUCCACAGGGCAACACAUACCACAUGGCACAGAACAAGGAACCAACGGGAUCUAUUCUGGUGAGGAAGGCUUCAUCGGGUAGCCCAACCGCUGGAUCCGCCAGCGCAGGUGCACUCAGCAUCGCAGAACUUCCAUCAUCCCUUGGAUCGAUGGACAUUGGCGCGCUGAAGACUGCCGAUUUGGACGAGUUCAUCAGGCGGCUUGUAGAUGCAGCUUACUCUGGAAAGAUCACCAAGACAGUAUGCCUUAAGAACGCCGAGAUCACAGCAAUCUGUAACGCUGCCCGGGAACUGUUCUUGUCUCAGCCGGCAUUGCUCGAGCUUUCGCCGCCGGUCAAGGUUGUUGGCGACGUGCACGGCCAGUAUGCGGAUCUGAUCCGCAUGUUCGAGAUGUGUGGUUGGCCUCCUGACAGCAACUACCUCUUCCUUGGCGACUAUGUCGAUCGUGGCAAGCAGAGCUUGGAGACCAUUCUUCUGUUGCUGUGCUUCAAGCUGCGAUACCCGGAGAACUUCUUUCUGUUGCGAGGCAACCACGAAUGCGCCAACGUCACACGAGUAUACGGCUUCUACGACGAGUGCAAGAGGAGGUGCAAUGUCAAGGUGUGGAAGACUUUUGUCGACACCUUCAACACUUUGCCGAUUGCGGCCAUUGUGGCUGGCAAGAUCUUCUGCGUGCACGGCGGUCUAUCCCCAUCGCUGACUCACAUGGACGACAUUCGAAACAUCGCCCGUCCUACAGACGUUCCGGACUAUGGGCUCCUGAACGAUUUACUGUGGUCGGAUCCGUCGGACAUGGACUCGGAUUGGGAAGCCAACGAAAGAGGCGUGAGCUAUUGCUUUGGAAAGAAGGUCAUUAUGGAGUUUUUGCAGAAGCAUGAUUUCGAUUUGGUGUGCCGAGCGCACAUGGUCGUUGAAGAUGGAUAUGAAUUUUUCAACGACAGGAUUCUGGUUACCGUCUUCUCGGCACCAAAUUACUGCGGCGAAUUUGAUAACUGGGGAGCUGUCAUGAGCGUCUCGGGCGAACUGCUGUGCUCAUUCGAAUUGCUAAAGCCGCUAGACUCCAGCGCGCUCAAGAGUCACAUCAAGAAAGGACGAAACAAACGGCAAAGCAUGUUGAACAGCCCGCCAGCGAACCAAUUCCCACAGAGCUACUAG